AUGUCCAGCAUUCGUUCAUUCGCGAGAGGUAUUGACCGCGCCGCCCUCAGGGCUGUUGCCGUCUCUACUCCCCGCGCCUCAAUUGGCUCCACAGUGCUGCGGAGGGAGCUCUCCUCCGCGGUGCGGGCAUGCCCCCGCAAGCCUACGUCGAGAAUCACGACGCAAGCCGUCGUGCCUCAAUUGGUUUCACAAAAUGUUCGUUUUGCUUCCAGCACCAGUGCGCCGCUGGCAAAGACACAACUCUAUGACCUGCACGAGGCUCAUGGCGCCAAAAUGGUGCCUUUUGCGGGAUUCUCCAUGCCGCUUCAGUAUGCCGACUUGAGCCAUGUUGAGAGCCACAAGUGGACUCGUGAGAAGGCCAGUUUGUUUGAUGUCAGCCACAUGGUCCAGCAUACCCUUAGCGGCCCCGGUGCCCUACCGCUUCUGAUGAAGGUGACUCCAUCGUCGCUGGAUAAGCUCAGUCCGAACACAUCUACUCUGUCGUGUCUAUUGGAGAAGGAAACUGGCGGGAUAAUCGACGAUACCGUGAUCACUCGGCGCGGCAAGGACUCUUUCUAUUUUGUCACCAAUGCUGGCCGACGCGCAGAGGAUCUCGAGUUUCUCCAAGGCGAGAUUGAGGCUUACCGCUUGCAACACGGUGCGGACAGCAUCAAGUGGGAUAUUCUUGAAGACCGUGCGCUGGUCGCACUGCAGGGUCCUCUCGCCGCCAGUGCUCUUCAGCCUCUGAUCAACACGUCUGUCUCAACCGAGGACACCGACCUUAGCACUCUUUACUUCGGUCAAUGCCGUGAGCUAUUCAUCACCCUGGCCGAUGGCUCAGUGUCCCCUCUUCCCCUUCUCAUCUCACGUACUGGCUACACCGGAGAAGAUGGAUUUGAAAUCUCCAUCCCCUCGACCGGUGCGACCGACCUGCCCCACCAAGUCGUCAACCUUCUUCUGAAAGACAACAACACCGUCCGCCUUGCCGGUCUCGCUGCCCGUGACUCCCUCCGCCUCGAAGCUGGCAUGUGUCUCUACGGCCACGAUAUCACCACUGCCCAGACUCCCCCAGAUGCCGCCCUUGGCUGGGUCGUCGGUCGUGAUCGCCGGGACCCGGCUACCGCAACCUUCAACGGUGCCUCUGUGAUUCUCUCCCAGCUUGCUAGUCCCAAGACCCUCAAGCAGCGCCGUGUUGGUCUCACCGUGGAGAAGGGUUCCCCCGCCCGUGAGGGUGCCCUUGUCGUCGAUCUGGCAAACCCCGCCAACCCGGUGGAGAUCGGUGUCGUUACCUCUGGCCUGCCCAGUCCCACGCUAGGUGGAACCAACAUUGCGAUGGCGUAUGUGAAGAAUGGCUUCCACAAGAAAGGCACCGAGCUGGGGGUCAAGGUCCGCAACAAGGUCCGCAAGGCUACUGUCGUUGGUAUGCCUUGGAUUGAGAGCAAGUUCCACCGCCCGUCUUGA